AGUGCUGAAACCGCGUCCGCGGUUCACGGUUCACGAUAUCCGGGCUUUGCCGCGAUUGCGUUUUUUUUGUCCUACGCAUCCCGGGUACAAAAAAAACGGGAGAAUUGUGGCGCGCGCGUUUUUAGACGAGAAGAAGUAAUCGGAAACACGAUCCUCGUUCGCGACAGUGAAGAUUCGCUUAUCGACGGCGCUAGAGAAAGAGAGAGAGAGAGACAGUGGGGGAAGGAAAAAUAGAGUGAGGGAAGACACACAGUGAGAUACGAGAAAUCAUUUCCCGCGUGUUUGCGUCCCCGGUGCGUCGCGUAACAAUCGAGCUUUCCUCUCGCUCCGUUCGUCAUCGUUUUGCGGUUAUGGCGCGAUCCGCGAGCGCUCGUAUCGCGCUGCGGAUUUCGAAGCGCGGGCGCUCUCGUCGGCAUUAGGAAUUAUAUAGGUGAUGUGUGAUACAAUCGAGUAUCCGCUACGUGUAUUAUGAGCGGCAACGAUAAUCCGCCGAUCGAUGGAUCGAACGCCGAAGGGAGGAGAUCGGAGAAUGGCACACGUCGCGUCGUCGUCGAUCGACGCGUGAUCUCGCAUAUUCCGUGAAGAGAGCGAAGCCGGCGGCAACGUAACCUGUCGCGAACGGACAGCGCAAACGGACGGACUGUUGCUGCGUGGAGGGAGGAAAAAGGCCGAGGUGCGCUACGAGAGGAUAUCGCCGCGUUUUACUCGAACAGCACGGAAACGAAGAGUGCGAGCGGACGCGCGACACGCGCCCGCGUGCGCGCGAGCUCGCGACGAUCGUGUCUCUCGUGAAACUCGCAAUUAAUUCGCGAACACAAGGCGGGAAGAUAUAAAAUCUAGUCAUUGGAGUUUUAUCGGAGAAUAUUUUAGCUCAUUCGUCGCCGCGACCUCGAAAAGAAACGCGCUCGAAGUUGUCGAAAAAAAAGGUAAACAGUCAAGGACUGAGAGAGAGAGAGAGAGAGAGAGACAGAAAGCCGAGUAACAAUCUUGACGCAAGGUCGAGCCGGCUCGACGCGUUGUGUUUACGUUUAAUAUCGCAAGGGACGCCGAAGAAGACGCGCUGGUGGUUGUGUGCGUGUUUGACGAACGCAGUGCGGUGUCGGACGUGUUCACGCUCGGACGAGCAGCGAGACGUAGCGAGUAGCACGAGCGGCGACGUCGAUGACCGCGUGCGACGAGGACGGGUCGUCUCUCGGUUCCGAGGAGGAACGCGUGGCACGCGACUUCCGUUUGCGGACGCGAUCGGAUCGAGAGCUCGGUAUCGGUAAUAACGCGGAAUACCAGUGAUUGUCCUCUACGCGUUCUACACGUGCGAUAUUCUCUCGAAAGCUCUCUCGCGAGAGAGAACGAACGGAGAACGCGAUCGCGUUAGUGCGCGAGCGCGGUGGCCGCGCGCGAUAUCGCCACUAUAUCGUCGUUCACGGUGCAGUGAUAUCAUCGCCGGCGAGGUGCAUCGUAUGCGUACGUCGCAUACGUCGUACAUUGUCGGGAAAGAGUUGACGGGAGGAGAAGAGGAUAUAUACAUAUCCGCGGGGAAAAAAGAAACGUGUCCGGGAGUGCCGAAUCCGUUCGGAACGAGGGACGAACGAAGUUUGUGAGAAGAACUCGUAAAACAGUGCUCCUUUCCGCGAGAUUAACUCAUGUAUCCCUGGUACCGGGACAGCGUCGCGGCCGCUGCGGCAGCUGGCCUUGGCGGGCCUGUCGGCGUUGUGGGUUCCGGAUUCUGUUCGACCGGGCCCGGCCAGGGUGCCACCACAAUCAAGACUGAGAGUGGAUACUCCGACUGCAUGCUCGCCCUCGACUACGUCCAGAGCAAGAAGAACUCGUUUGCAUGGUCGGAGGGUGGCGAAGAAGGUGGCGGUGGUGGUGGUGGUGGUGGUGGAGGCGGUGGAGGGACGGGUGGGAGCGGAACAGGUGGUACGGGCCCAGCGACCACCGGUAGCGGGGGUCUGGCCCAUUGGGUUAGUGUCAUGGCGGAACACAUUCACAAUCCGCACUCGGCCACUGGCGUCGGUGUUCACCAUCAACAACAAUCCCCACCUCAACCGCCUUAUCCGUGGAACAAUGGCCUUUCCAAUGACCAAUGCGCCCCGCACGACAAGGAAAGCGACUAUUGGGGUGGCAGCCGAGGCGCGAAACAAGGUUACGAGCACUUUCUGUUGCAGGCGAAAAUGAACGCGGACCACGGUCAGCUGCAGAAAGGUGACGAGCAGUAUCGAGGCGCCGGCGGUUCGAGUAGCGGAAGCCCGCCCGCCAGUCUCUUGGUGGUUCCUCAACCUCUCACCGUCAAACCCUCCCAUCCCUCGCAUCUCAAUUCUCAUCUCGGUGGACCGCACUCGCAUCCGCCGAGGAAGUACCAAUGCAAGAUGUGUCCGCAGAUAUUCGGUAGCAAGGCGGACCUGCAGCUCCAUACGCAGAUCCAUAUGCGCGAGGCGAAGCCGUACAAGUGUACACAGUGCUCUAAGGCGUUCGCCAACUCCUCGUACCUGUCACAGCAUACGAGGAUCCACCUGGGCAUUAAGCCGUACCGUUGCGAGAUCUGCCAGCGGAAGUUCACCCAGCUGAGUCACCUACAGCAGCACAUUCGCACGCACACCGGCGACAAGCCAUACAAGUGCCGGCAUCCGGGCUGCACGAAAGCGUUCAGCCAAUUGAGCAAUCUGCAGAGCCACUCGCGAUGCCACCAAACCGACAAGCCGUACAAGUGUAACUCUUGCUACAAAUGCUUCUCCGACGAACCCAGCCUGCUCGAGCACAUACCGAAGCACAAGGAGUCGAAGCACCUGAAAACGCACAUCUGCCAGUACUGCGGCAAGAGUUACACCCAGGAGACCUAUUUAGCAAAGCAUAUGCAGAAACACGCGGAGAGAACGGACAAGAGACCGCCGAUCAUUGGCACGGGUCUCAGGCCGUCGAUACACGCGAUGACCGCUCAUCAUCAGGACCAUUACUGGCCCAAGGUAAGCCCGGAUUCGGUGAUCGGCGAUCUGCACGAGAGGCUGCCGCACCAUCACACGGAGUACCAUCAGAAUCAGAAUCCGGAGAUGCUGCUGCCGGGACACGGGCAUCGCACCGCCGAGUCCAUCGAGAAUGACUCGAGGCAACAGACGCCCCAGCCCGGCGCGAAUCACCAUCCCAACAGUAGUUCGGCCUUCACGCCGAUCUCGUCGAUCUCGAUCAACUCCAUCUCCUCGAUGCAGCACCCGUUGAAUCCGCUGAAUCAUCUGCACUAUCCUGGCAGUCAUCACCCGGCGUCCCGGCCGUAUCUCUACGAGGCGUUCAACACGACGCAGAAGUCGUCGCCUACGUCCUCGUCAUCCGGCGUGACACCCGGCACCACCAGCAACCAAAACGCCACGUCUUUCCCAAAUCAGCUCAUUAGUCUUCACCAGAUCAGGAACUACGCUCAUCAGCCGAAUCUCGGCAAUCUGGGCAACCUGGGGAAUCUGGGGAACUUGAGCAAUCUCAGCAAUCUCAGUGCCACGAUGGAAAGCCACGCGCUGCUGGGCGGUCUCAAAGAGAAGCAGUAACUCUUAGCUGGUCUUGGAGAUUAACUUCAGGAAGCGCUCGCGAGCUCUCUUCAUCACCGUUCUUUUAUUCUUUUUCUUCUACUCUCCGUGACAUGGCACGUUGCGACUUGAGCUCUCGCUUCAUCCGGCUCGAUCGUCUUCUCCUCUCCGUGAUCUCUUUAUACCCAUCUAAUUUAUUUUUUACGCUGGUGUGUACGCAAAUCCCACGCAAAUAUGACUCCGAAACUAACUUUUCUUCGAAAUGUUUCACUUCGGUGUUUAAUUACAUUUUGCAUUCGUAUUUCAUAGAUAUGUAUGCAUUUAAGGACACUAGCGCGUCUCAUCGUAAUCUUUUAAUAGAUUAAUGCAUACGAUGAUAAUCGCGCCCAGAAAACGGAUAAGAGUUAUGAGAUGUAUGAUCAAUGCUCGAAAUAAUUUUCGACAACCUGUACAAGACUAUCACUCUCUUUCCUUUUUACCUUUCUCUUCUUCUUUUUUUAUCUUCUUUUUUCUUUUAACGUCUUAUCUAUGAGCCUUUCGAUUUCGUGUCUACGUCUCGAUUGGGCUUGUGCGUUAUGUAUAUAUGUAUAUGUAUAUGUAUAUAUAUAUAUAUAUAUAUAUAUAUAUGUUUUAUUAAAAUACAUAAAUACACAUGAGCACAAUGAUCUAAUUUAAGGAUUAAUCAUUACAUUCAGAGUGAAAACAAAUUUAUUUGAAUUAAAACUAUUCUUUUAGUUUAUUUGCUAAUUAAUGCCGCGUUCUCCAAUCGAUUUGUGAAAUCGAUGACGAUUAUGAAAUUAAUUCCUAUGAAAGUUUUCAAUGCAAAAAUUGUUUUGUAUUUUUUUUCUGUAACCACAUCUUGAUAUCCCAAUUGUUAAUGAAAUUGGAAACACGUUUAUGAAAUAUUUACAGUGACGGUUCACACAGUAUUUAGCCAAAGCUCCGAAUCAGGCAUAUACGUUACUCGCGAUACAACGUAGUAACAUGAUAGAAACCUCGACGGUUACAUUCCUUAAUGUAAUAAGACUGACGUGAUGUAGUUAAAAAAAAAAACUAUAUCUUUACAUACUGGUCUAAUUAUUAAUAAUCGAUAUGAACAUUAUCGAUCGUCAAAAAUCGUUUCGUUGUCUCCCGCAACUGAAAACUGAAUUUCUAUGUCCGUUGAGAAUAAAAUUGAUAUUUAUUCGACUCUCUAAGAUUAUCCACGCUUCUCGACGUGUUAACGUCCUCGCCACUGAUCAUGCGUGCCAAUUACAAGCUAGAAAGUUCCAUCAAUACGUAUUCGUCGCGAUAUAAUCCGUACGAUCUGAUGACGUUUGAAUGAUAAAGUGGAGCACGAUCAUGGAUUAACUCGUAUUCGAACAGUAGACGAUACUUUCAUAAUGCUAGAAAGUAUACGAUACGCCGAUGGGAUGAAUGAACUGAUUUCUUUUUCAGUUUAUCGUGAAAAAUUUUAGUUGUGAACGGACACCGAGAUCAUUUUUUGUUGAUAAAAAUGUUUAAUGAUUUAUAUUUUUAUAAAGUUAUAUUAUAGCAAAUGUGUGUUUCUCAAUAAAUUCGCUCUCUAAACUAAAUUUUUUGAAUCCGGCGAUCUUCACUUUUUCGACACAUCCUUGUGUGUGUGUAUUUCUUAUCACUACAUCUUAUGAAAUUAUUUUGGACGAUCGAGAUUUUUUUCAACUGGAAUUAUUUUUUACAUUGUUCCCGCAAACUCGAAGAAUAUUUUAAGUUUAAUUAAUUAAUAUAUUUCAAUUUCUAAGAUAUUAAUUAUGCAGUUUUCUUUUACUCUACUCUAUUGUGUUUUAUUUGCGUAUUUUUCUACGUUUUAUGUUCUUUGCUUUCUUUUUCUUUAACAUUGAAAAAAAAAAUAUCAUGGUAUAAUUUCAUUAAAAAUACAGUUUACAUGAAAAUUUAAUUUCUCGUAACAUUGUGACUAUACGAAUUUUAAUUAUUUUACGAAAUUUUGUCGCGAUUUACCAAGCAAAUAAUCUUGGAAUACAAAUAAAUGUGAAAGGGAACAUACGAAAUUAGUGGAUAAACGAGGAGAUUAGACAUAACACUAAACAUACAUACAAAUGUGCUACGUCGUAAUGUAGGGGGAAAGCAGAUAAGAUAAACAAAGAUAAAUCAACGAACAAUACAUUUUAGGACAUUCGCAAAAUUGUGCAGGAACACCAAUGGGAUAACAAAGACAUGAGGAGAAGAAAACUGUAGCGAGAAGCGCGUAGGGAGACUGGCAGGAUAUAAAGAGAUACACAAAAAGAAACGUAUAGAAAUAUAUACAAGGCACACAUACGAAAAAAAGUAUAAAAGCAUCACGCACAUUUUGUAAGAGAGCCGCACGGAGACCUCCUCUUGUAAAUAGGUGCUAUAUAAAUAAAUAAGUAUAUGCAUAUAUUAAUAAAUGAAUGAAUAUAUGCAUAUACGCGUAUAUACAAGUACAUAAAUAAAGAAAUAAUUAUUAUUAUCGUCACACCAUCAUCUUUAUUAGUAUCAUUAUAUUAUCAUCUUUAUGAUUAUUAUGUAUUAUUAUAUUAUUUUUAUUUACAUUAUUAUUAUUAUUACUAUUAUUAUUAUUAUUAUUAUUAUUACUAUUAUUAUUAUUAUUAUUAUUAUUAUUAUUAUUAUUAUUAUUAAUAUUAUUAAUUAAUAUUUUGAUCGACAUUUAAUAGGUGUGUAAAAUAAAGAGAAAGCACACAGAUUCUAAUAAUGUGAAAAUAUUCUAAGUACCUUACUUAAGAUCUAAGUAAUCUUAUAUAAUCUGUUAUAUACGUGUGCGCGUUGCGUACGCGCGCGACGAGGAGAAAGAAGAGAUGAAAGGAGAAAGAGAGAAAGGGAGGAAGAUAAACAUGUAUAUGCGAACUAUUGUAGAUAAUUUGUUGUUACGGUGCCAGACGUGUUCUUCUUCGGGGUUCCUGUGUAAUUCACGUUUCUAUCGAGUCGCGUUAUGUUCAUAGAAAAAAAAAAAAAAAAGUGUAAACAGCUUGAUCGUUAAGUUUUGCAUUUUAAAUCAUACGUUUUACACGCGAAUUCCGGUUUUAUUUCCGCUUACUCUGUCGACUUACGGCAGAACAUGUCGCAGUGUGCCAAUUUAUUUCCGAUUAUUGUGUCGAGAUAAAAUCUAUAUGCCGAGAUCAUGUUUCACACUCGGUGAAAUACGAACCCCGCGGUAGCCAUGUCCGGGCCUUACCCUAUGCUCAAGUUGUUUAAAACUAUUACGUUGUUAUUAAGAUGAUGAUAGGACAAUGAAUGAGAGAAGGGGCGAGGGGUAAACGUUCAAAGUUCAUUUUCUUGCUGUGCAUAGCCGGAAGGCGGACCAGAUUUCUUUAUAAGACGGCAUGUGACUCGCUAUCUCUGGAUAACCCAAAGUAAACGUCAAAGAAUGAACAGAUAGAAAAGAAUAUAGGUAAUCGUGCGCGGGUGCGCACGGUUAUGUACAUUGAAAAAUAUUGGAUGUACAUGCAUCUUGAUUUAGGUUGACAAUGGGGCGAGGAAAAAUGUUUCGAGUAAUAAGUGCGUAAUUGAUUUACACAACAAAUACAGGGAAAAAGGAUAGAUAAAUAGAUAGAUAGAUAGAUAGAUAUUUCCCCGUCAUUUUGUUGAUAUAUAAUGAGAAAUGUAGGGAACGCGAAAUAGAACGGACUCGCAUGACAGCAAGGGACAGAUGCAAGAUAAGAAACUCCGAAACCCCGCGCUUUAAAUGUGAUUUCUUCUGCCUAUCCUUAGUUUCACAAUGAUUAUAUAUUAUUAUUAUUAAUAUUUUAUUAUUAUUAUUAUUAUUAUUAUUAAUAUUAUUAUUUCGUUUAAUAAACUGUCACGUGUUAAAAUAAAGGCAAAGGAGACUUUCUCGA